AUGGGCCACAAUCCGGAGUUCGAGAAAACUUUUAAAAUUUUCCGCAAAUUUGUGUUCCUUGUAGGACUGGAUGUAUUUUCCAACAACUGGAAGCCGAAUUUUUGGGCCUGUAUAGCGAUUUUCACAAUCCCAGCACUGUGCCAACUGGCUAUCAACUUCAUUGGUAUAAUGGUUGCAUGCUGUCAGUUAGAUGCAAUAAAAUUGAUGCUGGCAAAAUUCAACGAUAUGUUAACUGAUCCCUCAGCAUCGGAAGAACUUUUAACGGAAGAGUUGAAUGAAAUUAUUCGACUGCAUUCGCUAAUAAAAUCAUAUAUGUCCAAAUAUCAAGACAAGUUCGGAUUUUUCUUCAUAUUUGUCUUUUUGGCUGUAGCAAUUAUUGUGGGCAUGUGCUUGAAUGUUGUAGCCUCAAAUGCAAUGUCAUCCUCCGCAUUUUUGAUGUUGAGCGUUGUUUCAACUGGAUUUUUGUAUUGCUCAAUCGGAACAUAUUUACUUGUGAUCAAUGAUGGCCUGGUCAAUGCGAUCUACGAUAUAGAUUGGUACAUGCUGUUAAUUUCGAAUCAAAAACAAGUUAUAUUUUUCCUAGCCAAUGCACAACCGGAUGCAAGUUUUCAUGCAUAUUUCUUCACUUUGGAUUUAUCUACCUUCGUUCAGAUUAUGAAGGCAUCAUUUUCAUAUUAUUCCUUGCUGAAUUAG